AUAUAGUCAUCACUCUCACUUAACGCAAGAACUCUUUUUGUCUCAGUCUCUCAUGGCGACUCUUCCUCUACCUCAAACUUCUACAAUCUCUCUUCCUAAACCUUAUCUUUCCAAACCCUUUUCGAUCUCACUCCGUAACGCCUCGCUAACAAUAGCAACAAAUCGCCGGAGCUUCCUCACCACCGGGAGGAUCGUGGCUCGGUCAUAUAAAGUGGUGGUGGAGCACGAAGGAAAGACGACUGAAUUGGAGGUUGAACCAGACGAGACGAUUCUAUCGAAGGCUCUUGAAUCGGGCCUUGAUGUCCCCUACGACUGCAAUCUCGGCGUUUGUAUGACUUGUCCGGCUAAGCUUGUGGCUGGAACGGUGGAUCAGAGCGAUGGGAUGUUGAGUGAUGAUGUGGUGGAACGUGGUUAUGCGCUUCUAUGUGCUUCGUAUCCAACUUCUGAUUGUCACAUUAAGAUGAUCCCUGAAGAAGAGCUCUUGUCUCUUCAGCUCGCCACUGCCAACGACUAAUCAUCUUCUUGAUUCAGCUUAAAGAACCAUCUUUUUAGUGUAAUACGUUGUCGUAAUGUAACGUUCGAGACUUGCAAUCUUGAAUUUUGGAACAAGAAAAUGGUUUUUUAUAUACAUUCCGAUUUGGAUCGAUGAGCGAAGAUAAAGUGAUGUACAUUGUAUGAGACAUAACAUAAUCCAUAAUACUAGUUUUGCCU